AUGAGUCAAGCACCAGUUGGGUUAGGUUUCGAAUUCAGACAGGAUCUCACAGCCAUCGCACUCCUUCCAUUCACUCUCGCUGCUCGCCGACAAGAUGGAGCAUUGCGAAAAGAGUAUGGUUAUCAGGAAACGAAUGUGAAGAGCACAAAUUCGAAGCGAGCUAUCACUGCUGCAAUUCCCAUCACGGACAAGGAAAAUGAUUCCAGGUACUCAGGCGUUGUAAGCAUUGGAACUCCACCACAAAACCUCAAUCUUGUCCUCGAUGCUGGCUCUUCCGACCUUUGGUCGUCGACAUACAAGGCUACCUCCUCCCAGCUGGAUAUUGAUUAUGGCUUAGGAUCGGCGCAAGACAUUGUUGCCAAAGAUAGUGUCACCUUCGGGUCCUUCGAAAUGUCUCAGGAACUCUUCGAUGUUACUAGCAUUACCUCUGGAUUGAUUGACGAUAGACUCUUCCGUAUCAUGGGUCUCAGGUUUGCCUCAAUUUCUGCCCUCCAGACUACCCCCGUUUGGGAAGCACUCUAUAAUGCCAAUGAUCUCGCUGAACCCUUGUUCUCUUUCUACCUUGAAUGCUACGUCAACCAAGCCAAUCAGAUUAGUACUGCUCCAGGCGGUGUGCUCACUCUCGGAGGAACAAAUUCGAGUUUGUACAAUGGCUCUAUUGAGUACCUGAACCUGACUGGUCCGUCAUCGUAUUGGUUGCUCACUGUUAGCUCGGUCAUUGUACAAGACAAGACGAUUGCCAUUGACCCCCUUAGUGGUCUUGCUGCCAUCGACACAGGGACUUCCCUCAUCGGGGCACCCACACCCAUUGCCGCAAGUAUAUGGGCCCAAGUGCCUGGCUCCACAGAGUUUACCAGAGAUUGGCAAGGUUUAUGUGCAUUCUCUUGUGACACUAAUGUCACAGUUUAUAUCUCCUUCGGCGGUAAAAAACUGGGCGAUCACAAUGUGAACGCCUCUUCUCAGAUGUGUGCUGGCGGUAUCUUCGAUAUUGGGAUUGGCAGUGUUCCUGCUUGGAUUGUCGAUGACACCUUCCUGAAGAAUGUGUACUCUGUCUUCCGUGCUAGCCCCGCUGCCAUUGGAUUCGCCCAGCUUGCCAGUGGGUUGAGCUCUUCAACCGGAUAUUCCAACCCGAACCCAGUACAAGUGACUGGCUUGGUGCCCCUGCCUACUAGUACCUCCGUGAGCUCCAGUGGGAGUGGAAACUCGACCAGCGGCAGGACAAACUCUGAAUCUGCUUCUCCUAUCAAUGACAUCGCUUUAUCGCUUACUCUUCUUGCCUCUGUUGCAGGUUGCUUCACCCUCUUCCUCUAAGCAGAGUUCAUGUACACUAUAAUUUGAGGAUUCACGACGCAUAGAUCAUUCAUCUUUUUAUUUUUUGUGAAACAAUAUUGCAGGAAGGCAUCUGACCGUACAAUGCAUAGAUCAUUUAUCUGUUUUUCUUC